AUGGCGCGAACAGAGCAGGAGCGCAGUGGAUGCGUCACAGGUUUGUGGUCUCUCUUUCGACCAAAAAAGGCGCACAAGGGCGACAACAAGGUCCACCCGGAAGCCAUGGACGCGGCGGCCUCGAAGCUGAAGGUCCAAGAUCGUGUCUGUGAGGCCGUCUCGGGAGAAGCCAUGGACGCCGCCGCCUUGAAGUUGAAGGAACUCAGGCACGAGAGGGGAAAAACCGAGAAGAAGAUCCGCAGCUUGGAAGAGGAAAAGCGCGAGGAAACAGAAGAGGAGAAGCACGAGGAAAAGUCUUGGAGUGUUAGCGCGCUCCGGAUUCUGAUCAGACUCAACGAGCAGCUUUACGAGGAGCUCAACGGCAAAUCCAGCGACCGAGAGAGGAUCAAGCGAGCGCGGAAGAUGAUGAGGCUCCAGAAAAUGCUGGAUAGGAUCCCGAGUGAGAGGAAACCGUGGAAGAAGCUUCAGUCCGGCGAGGUGGUCUUCGUGAAGGAGGCAAAAGAACUAUAUGAUCGUGCGGGGAGAGAUUUUGUUGCCGAAUUCAAGAGGAGACAGAGAGCUGAAGUGAACGAUGAGUGUUUGUUUUGUCGGAACCAUGAUGGCGAGAAGAUGAUCGGCCGGGCUGGAGCGAACUCUAAGACGACUAGACCCUGGGUUUACCUGAGAAGAGAACACGAGCAAACUGUUCUAAGCACGUCGAAGAAACGAGAAAUGAAGUUGGCUCCGAGCUCGAGAAGUUGGCUGCAAGGAUUGGUCAACUGGAGGCCAGUGCUCGGACUCUAGCAUCGGAGAAGCCAACUCUCAAGAGUCAAAUCCAGAAGUUGGAUCUCCAAGCAAGUUGAGCAGCACAGGAGGAGGCCACUAAAGCUAUAGACCAGUUAAGUCGAGAGAAGAUCGACCUUCUCGAGGACUCGACUC